AUGCUCGACGCGGAGGAGCUGGAGGAGGGGGCGGCGCUAACCGGGGCGGAGCUCCUCCACUGCCUCACGACGAGAAAUGAGCGGCAGCGGGAGGAAACGAGUCGGAAGCUGCGCGAGUACACAAAGUUGCAGGAGGUCCUGGAGAGGCUUACGGAGCGGUGCCGCGUGCCUGUUUUGGCGCCCGUCGCCGGCGGAAUGGCGUACUUUGAGGCGACAAUGGAGUACACAAACAACAUUAUGGUCCUUCUCGGCGACGGCUGGUUCGCGGAGCGCAGCGCAAAGCAGGCACGCGAGAUCGCGGGUCGCCGCAUUGAGUUUCUUCGCCGCGAGGAACGCGUCCUUGCGGAGGAGGCGGCUGCGCUGCAGCAGCGGCAGGCCCUGUUCCUCGCGGAGGUCCCCAACGCGGAACAGGCGAUGUUGGAGGCGGCGGCGUUGGAGCAGGAGGCCCCGGACCCGCAACGCGCGGACGGCGGCGCGGCGGAGGCCAGCGAGGCGCCGCUGCAGCUCGCGCUGCGUGACGCGGAUUUGGCGGUGGUCGAUGAGCUCGACCAGCUGACCGAGGAGGAGCUGCUGGAGAUUGAGCGGGAGCUGGGGGACCGCAUUGAGGACGACGAGCUUGUCGAACGUGUCAUGACGGAGAGAAUUAUCGCAAAGAAGGAGAAGCGCGUGCGUGCGGAGCUGCGGCAGGGGCGCACGCGAGAACUGCACCUCUCCACCGCCGCAGCGGCGCCACAGCGGCGGGGGGAGGACCAGCAGCAGCAGCCACCGCCGCCGUCGCCGUCGCCGCACCCGAAACCCGCCGUGACGACGUCUGCCGCCCCCGCUUUCGGCACGCCGGGGGACAUCGGCCGUGCCGCUGCGGCUGUGGUGAGCGGAACCGCGCGGGGCAAUGCCAACGCUGCGGACGCCGCGGGUUCCUCGCGGCGCCGCGUCAAAUUCAGCGAUGUGGUCGACGUCGUCUCGCCGGAGGGCGCUGCUGCUACCGUGGCGCUUCCCCCCGCCCCCUGCCACGUCGUGGGAGAUGUGGUGGAGCACGGCUUGGCGGCCACGUCGUCGUCUCCUGCGCCUGCCGCAACUGCGCCGAAGCGGAAGUCGCUCUUUCGAAGCGAAAUGGAGCAUUUCUCGAGGUGA